AAUAGUACUGACAAACAUUUUGUAGACUGGACCUAGGUCUCAGAUCAAUCUCAAACGAACUAUUUCAGCUAUGUGUCGGUUUUUGUUUUCUAUUUGUAUGUUUGGAUUUUUUUUAGAAUGUUUCAGUUACCAUGUUUCUGCCAAAUUUACUGAUGAUUUACUACAAUCAUCAAACAACAGGGCUAAUGCAUCUUCAAGAUACACCAGAGGAGUUAAUACUCCCCCCCCUAUUGACUGUAAACUCAAGAGCUGGUCGCCGUGGUCAACCUGUAACACAUGUAGCGAGAAGAUGUUUCGCUUUCAGUACUUGGAACGGCCAUCUCAGUUCGGUGGUGAGCAGUGUGUUCACAAUCAGUGGGAGGAAAGACAAUGUCCACAAGAGGGCGAGUGCCAACUCCAAGAAGACCACUGUGGGGACAUGUUUGCCUGUGGGCCCGGUGGACGUUGUAUUGGACAGCAGCUACGUUGCAAUGAUGAAAUAGACUGUGUAAAUCAGAAAGAUGAGACUGACUGUGAAGUGAUGAAUACAAGAGAAACCAAAUGUACUGGCAUGUUGAGUAUACCAGGAGCUGACAAAGCCACUCAGGGAUAUAAUGCUGUAACUGGUGCUUUUAUGAGUCAUGUUCUGGAUUCAAGAUACUUUGGAGGUGUUUGUGAAUACAUCUAUAAUGGAGAGUGGCGGAAACUCACAUAUGAUCCUUUCUGUGAACGCCUCAGUUAUGAUGAUGCUGAAAAGUAUUAUCGGAAACCAUACAACUUCCUCUCAUAUCAUAUAAUGGCACAAGCAACUACUGAGGAAGCAUCAGAUUAUUAUGAGGAUGCGGUUAGCUUUCUCAGUGCAAGAAAGACAGAAGGAUCCUCCAACUUUGGUUUUUCAUUGAGAAUCUCAUAUGUGGAAGUUGGUAGGGAAGAGAGUAGCGAAUACAAGUUUCUCAAGAAUAUAUCACAAUACAAUAAUAAGGAGGUAGGCUUUGUCAGGCUGUUGUCAAGAGUACAAACGGCUCAUUUUAAGAUGAGAAGCAAAGACUUGACUCUGGAUGAGGGCAUGCUCUGGGCUCUGGAUGAUCUGCCUGAUCAGUACAAUUUUGGUGCAUAUUCCCAUUUCUUUAAUGAAUAUGGUACACACUAUGUCACAGAGGGAACCAUGGGUGGAGUCCUAGAUUAUGUUGCUGUUGUGAACAAGAAUGCCAUGAAAAAAAAUGAAAAAAAUGGGCAACAGAUGGGAAAGUGCCUUGGUUUUUCUUUGGGCCUGACAUAUAAUAAAUUCAUAAUUACAACAAAAGAAAAAUCAUGUGAAAAAGCUGGAACAGUGGAUGAGAUUCGUGAUCAGUCCAACAGUACUAUUGAGGAUUUCUUUGGCUUUGUGAAGGGUGGAAACACAGGCUCCAGCAGUGGAAUUUUGUCUAUCAGAGAUGCCAAAAGUUACAAGGACUGGGGGAAGAGUCUCAAAUAUAACCCUGCACUAAUUGAGUUUGAGAUUUUACCAAUAUAUGAGUUGGUACGUUUAAGCACAGCAGCCGAGCAGCUACGCACAAAGUUGCCCCACCUGAAGAUGGCAUGGGAAGAGUAUAUGGAGAACUUCAACCCAUGUCACUGUGCCCCCUGCAUGAAUAAUGGAGUUCCCGUGCUCUCCAGGACAGCGUGCAGUUGUAUAUGUAAAAAUGGAUACAGAGGUAAUGCCUGUGAGGAGACUGAAAGAAAAGGGCCUACACAUGGAGUCUGGAGCUGCUGGAGCUCCUGGUCCCCAUGUGUGUCUGGAACAAAGACAAGAAACCGAGAAUGUAACAACCCCCCACCAAAAGAUGGUGGUCUGCCUUGUCAAGGAAGCAGUAAUCAGAGGAGAAGUUGUUAAAAUUCUAAUAUUCUCAUGUUGACAUUCUUGUCAUCAACAUAAUACUACUUCUGUCUAAAAUAUUGAUUCUGUCAUAAUGAUAAUUUUUUGUUGCAAAAUAAGCACUAACUACUUAAAUGAUUUACCUUCCCUAGUGAAAAACAAAUAUACUAAUCUAUUUGAAAUACAUUUAUUUUAUGCUAAGUGUACUACAAUUGCAUUUACAUUUUCAUGUACUUAUUAUAGAUACCCUGCAAUUGUACUUUUAGUAUACUAAAUUGGUAAUACUUAAAGUCUGCUAA